CUUAAAAAUUCAUAUUUAAUUCAUGUUUUGUUAAAAAAAAUUCUAAUUUUUUUGGGAGUGAUUGUCAUAAUAUUUUACAUAGUUCUGGAAAAUUUCAUUAAAAAAUAUGAAGGUUAGACAUGAGUUGACUAAAAAGUAGGGACCAAAAAUAAUAGUUCUAACAAAUUUUUUCAGAAGGACUAAAACGAAAAAUAUGUAUAUUUAUAAGAAAAAAAUAAGACACUCGUUAAUAUUUCCCUUAAAAUAACAACUUUAAAUAAGGAAUUUUUUUUUUCUGACCCCUUUGUCAAAAAAAAUUCCAUGUCUAACCCCCUAUGAAUAUUAUUCACCAAACUGACCCACUUUUUUUUUUUUUUUUUUUGUCCUUUUUCCAUUCCCGCCAUUUGAAAGCUCUGACACAUGUCAAAUCCUGACUGACCGACUGUUUUUUAUUUUUUUUCAUUACCGCCAUUUCAAAUGGCGGGACUGAAUUUUAAUUUUUUUUUUUCGUUUUUUGUUUUUUUGGGCAACAUAUAUAUACAUUAAAAACAUAAAUAAUAAUAAAUAAAAACAUAGUAAUGAUAAUGAUUACCGUACCAUUGAGUUAUCGGUUACGAUUGAAAACCGGGAGAUUCCACAACAUCAUCAAACACCGCAACCGCGUCAAAAAUCUCAAUUGUUUUCACAAACACAAUAUGCGUUUGAACCCCCAUCUUCAUCACAACAAUUACCGUACACCCAACUGUUCUCACAAACACAGUAUGAGUUUGAACCCCCAUCUUCAUCACAACAAUUACGGUACACCCAAUCGUUCUCACAAACACAACAAUUACCGUACACCCAACCGUUCUCACAAACACAAUAUAAAUUUGAACCCCAUCUUCAUCACAACAAUUACCGUACACCCAACCGUUCUCACAAACACAAUAUGAAUUUGAACCCUUAUCUUCACAACCACAACCACCACCGCAAACGCAACCACAAACACAAACCCGCCUAGAAGAUCUUUUCACUCGUCAGUUUGAAGAGAUCCCAGACAACAUUCAAGAACAAGAAGAAGAAGCUAGUAGUGAAAGUGACGAAGACGAGGCACUUCAGCAUGAUGCAGAUGAAGAAGACGAACACGAAAAUAGAUAUGAAGAAGAAGAUAUUUGGAGGAACAUUAUGUUUGGCACACAACCACAACCACCGCUACAGACAGUGCCGAUCAGAGCCUCUUACUGUCCCCCGCUGCAUAUGCGUAACGUUGACGUUGAUGCAUAUGAUGCUCUGCCUACCGACGAUCACUGGAAUACGAAUGUUCAUGUCGAUGGGGCUAUUGAGCAAGGAAUGACAUUUCACAGCAAAGAAGAUUGUUUGCAUGCAAUCAAGUCUUUCCACAUCCGACAAUCGCUGGAUUACGAUGUUAUACACUCAGAUCCAAGAAGAUAUGUCAUUCAAUGUACCCUCGAGACUUGUCUAUUUAAGUUGAGAGCUUCCUUUAGAAAAAGGAGUGGCAAAUGGAAGAUUGGAACCAUGAUGGGUCCACACAAUUGCACAUCGACUUUAAUGUCACAGGAUCAUCGCAAGCUCAACUACAAACUUAUAAGUCAAAGCAUCAAAACACUUUUGCAUGCAGAUGCCUCGGUAACGCCAAAAUUGAUCAUUGUGCACAUUAAAGAAAAGUUUAACUACACAACCACAUAUCGAAAGGCGUGGUUAGCAAAGAACGCUGUCAUCGAAUCUAUUUACGGGAAAUGGGAGGAAUCAUAUAAUGAUCUUCCGCAAUGGUUGAAUGUGAUGAAGGAGACAAUGCCAGGGACCGUCUUUGAUUUAAAAACGCAAAUUGGCGAGAAUGGAGAGACACAAUUUCAUCGUCUAUUUUGGGCCUUCUAUCCAUGCAUCCAUGUGUUUAAGUAUUGCAAACCAGUUGUCCAUGUCGACGGGACGUGGUUGUAUGGCAAGUACAAAGGGACAUUGUUGCUUGCGGUAGCACAAGAUGGAAACAACAAAACGAUUCCAAUCGCCUUUGCGCUUGUCGAAGGUGAGACAAAGGAGGGCUGGAGUUUUUUUUUUUGAAAAAUCUAAGAAGGCACGUCACAAAAGGAAUAUCUGUCUGCAUGGUCUCCGGCAUACAUGAAUCAAUUAAAAGCGCAUUCAAUGACCCAAGGAAUGGUUGGCAAGAAACUGAUUCAGCUCAUGUGUACUGCAUUCGACACAUUAAGCAGAAUUUCAUGAGGACAAUCAUGGAUGGAGAUCUUAAUGAUGUUGUAAAUAAUAUGGGACAUGCCCUAAACGUAUCCUUGUUCGAUUACUAUCGUGGUGUAAUCCAGAAGGCAAAUCAGCGUGCAUUAGAUUGAGUGGACAAUAUUUCGAAAGAAAAAUGGACUCAAGCAUAUGAUGAGGGUCGACCAUGGGGCCACAUGACAAGCAACAUCGUUGAGUCGUGGAACUCUGUGUUUAAGGGAACACGCAACCUACCUGUUACACCUAUAGUUCAAUCAACCUACUAUAGGCUGGCAUGUCUCUUUGCUGAUAGAGCUCAAAAAGCGUUUGCAAGGGUAGGUUCCGGAGAUUUGUUCAGUGAAUAUUGCCAAAAUGCGAUUAAGGAUGACAUUGCUAAGUCCAACACCCAUCAUGUCGAACAGUUUGACCGAGAAAAGUAUACCUUCUCAGUCCGUGAGACCGUCAACUACAGGGAGGGAAGGCCAAUGGGAACUUUCAAGGUGGACCUACGAGCAGGGUGGUGUGAUUGUGGGAAAUUUCAAGCUUUACAUUUGCCUUGUUCCCAUGGCAUAGCCACGUGUUCUUCAUUUCGCCAUGACUACACAACCAUUAUUCCAGCUGUGUUAAAAAACGAGAGUGUUUACUCCAUCUACAACACAACCUUCAAAGUAGUCCAGGACAAGAGUUAUUGGCUCCCAUAUGACGGUCCCGUGCUUUGCCAUAAUCCAAACAUGCGAACACUAAAGAAAGGUCGACCCAAUAGUACCUGCAUAAGGACUGAAAUGGACGAGGAGGUGGUAGAGAGGACUCCAACACCGAGACAGUGUGGGUUGUGUCGGCAUAUCGGUCAUAUUAGGAGAAAUUGUCCGAGUAUAAAUAACCGGUAGUUAAUAACAUUAUGUAUUAUGUGUUCAAAUAAAUUAAUAUGUUUUUAUUUAUCAUUA